CGGGCGGGAGGCGCGGCCGGAGGGGGCGGCGCCGGCGGCGGGAGGCGGGAGUCGGGGGCCGGGGGGAGUCACUUUAAAGGCUCUUUCUUACCCAUAAUGCUUUGUGGGGACGUUGACAAGUGGAUCCAAGAUGGCGUAGAAAGUAAUGACAGGAAUUGGAUGAAGUAAUUGAUCACUAAUGAACUACAGUGCUGGUGAGAUGUGUAAGAAAUUAUAAAGAGCUCUGAUGGGCUAUUUGGGUGAUACCCAGUGCAGUGAACUGCAGGAUUUUUGUCCCUGAGUCAUGGAAGACAGAAGAGCUGAAAAGUCAUGUGAACAAGCAUGUGAAUCACUGAAGAGGCAGGACUAUGAAAUGGCCCUCAAGCACUGCACAGAGGCCCUUCUUUCUCUUGGCCAGUACUCCAUGGCAGACUUCACAGGGCCUUGUCCAUUGGAAAUAGAACGCAUCAAAAUCGAGAGUCUUCUUUACAGAAUUGCCUCAUUUUUGCAACUGAAAAACUAUGUGCAAGCUGAUGAAGAUUGUAGACAUGUGCUGGGAGAAGGACUGGCUAAGGGAGACGAUGCCUUCCGGGCAGUGCUUUGCUGCAUGCAGCUGAAAGGGAAGCUCCAACCUGUAUCCACCAUUCUUGCCAAGUCACUGACAGGAGAGUCCCUGAAUGGGAUGGUAACAAAGGAUUUGACAAGACUAAAAACACUUCUGUCAGAAACAGAGACAGCAACUAGUAACGCCCUCUCUGGAUAUCAUGUGGAAGACUUAGAUGAGGGGUCUUGUAAUGGUUGGCAUUUCCGCCCACCACCUAGGGGAAUCACGAGCAGCGAGGAAUAUACUUUGUGUAAAAGAUUUUUAGAGCAAGGAAUCUGUAGGUAUGGUGCCCAGUGUACUUCAGCACAUUCCCAGGAAGAACUAGCAGAAUGGCAGAAAAGAUAUGCUUCACGGCUGAUAAAAUUGAAACAGCAAAAUGAGAAUAAACAGCUCUCAGGCAGUUACAUGGAAACCUUGAUAGAAAAGUGGAUGAAUUCAUUGUCUCCUGAGAAAGUGCUUAGUGAAUGUAUAGAAGGAGUAAAGGUAGAGCACAAUCCUGACCUGUCAGUUACUGUCAGCACCAAAAAAUCCCACCAGACAUGGACCUUUGCUCUCACCUGUAAGCCUGCAAGAAUGCUGUAUCGUGUAGCAUUGCUUUAUGAUGCUCAUCGUCCUCAUUUUAGUAUCAUUGCAAUAUCUGCCGGAGAUAGCACUACCCAGGUAUCACAAGAAGUCCCAGAAAACUGUCAAGAAUGGAUAGGAGGAAAGAUGGCCCAAAAUGGAUUAGAUCAUUAUGUGUAUAAAGUCGGGAUAGCAUUUAACACAGAAAUAUUUGGAACUUUUCGCCAAACCAUAGUUUUCGACUUCGGAUUGGAACCAGUACUGAUGCAAAGAGUAAUGAUUGAUGCAGCUUCUACAGAAGAUCUCGAAUAUCUGAUGCAUGCAAAACAGCAGCUAGUAACCACAGCUAAGCGUUGGGAUUCUUCCUCUAAGACUAUUAUAGAUUUUGAACCUAAUGAAACUACUGAUUUGGAGAAGAGCCUUCUUAUCAGAUACCAAAUUCCCCUCUCUGCUGACCAGCUAUUUACCCAGUCCGUUUUAGACAAGUCAUUGACCAAGACCAACUAUCAGUCACGGUUACAUGACCUUCUUUAUAUUGAGGAGAUAGCCCAGUAUAAAGAAAUCAGCAAGUAAGUUACUUUAGAAACACUUUAAAACAAAAAGUCUCCCCUUUGGAUGGUAUUUUUAAUCUUUGAAAUGGAAGUGUGUGUAAGUGAAAACAGGAAGUAAGUGGUUGUUAAUAACUGUUUCAUCUUUAAAUGAAAUAUGAGCUUAUCCCUGUUAUUUAAUGCACAGUUCAUUUCUAUAAGACCUUACUAAACAUCUAUUAGGGGACAAGCUCUUUGCCACAUGCCAGGAGUGUAAAUCUGCCGUUCCUGCUCUUAAGGAGGAACUUGACUAAAUAUUUAUUCAGUCAAGCACUGAAUAAAUAUUUGUUGAACAAGGUAUACAACAACUGAAAGAGACCACAAACUCGAAAAGUUGUUGUAAGAAUGAGAGUAUUUAGAUUUUCAGGAAAACAGUUUGAUAACAGAACAGCUUUAUAGCAGUUUGUCAAUACCUUAACAACUUUUACAUUUUAUCCAUAUGCCACAGGUUAAGAACAAGUGCUUAAAUCAAAAGCUUAUUUGAAUUAUUUUAGGAAAAAUAAUCUCAGAAAAGAAAGAGUGAGGGAAGAUGCUAGUGAAAUAGUUGUAUUUCGUAGUAGCUUUCUAUUAAUACAUUUUAGAUUUAGAGACAAACCUUAAAAAUUGCACCACAAUUAGGAGGCCUGAAUACAUUAUUAUAAGUAGUUUUACUUUUAAAUACAGCUGAGCUAGCAUAUUUUUCUUCUCCAGGAUGCCUGAUUGGUUCUUUGUCAUUAGUAUUAUUAAUAAAUACUGAACACUCAUUAAGAGUGUAUUCAGAAAAGGAAAGUAAAAAUUUACAGAUACUUUGGUUACCCUGUUUAUAGAUUAGUUAUGAUCUAACUUUUGAAAAUACCUAAUUUCAAAUUAAAUACAUGUAAAAUUUACAAAGUCAGAUGGAGUAUAUUUUUCAUUACUCUAAGGCUUUAAAUCCUGGCCCAUUGAUGGUCUCUUAAAAGGCUUUUAUCAAUUGUGUCUGUAGGCUGUUUUAAUGAAAUUAUUAGUUAUUAAAUAAGAAGGACAGUGGCUUGUAUCAUAUAUAUUAUUUAUAUUAUCUUGGAUUCUUCUUCCUUAGGAAAGAACACCGUGAUAAAUCAUAAAUAUUGGGAUUAAAUAGAAUUUAAAAGUUUAUCAGAAUCCUGGAGACUAUUUUUGAGUAUCAUAGUAGGAAUUCAGAAAAAAAAAUAUAUUAACAUUUAUUUGAUAUUUUAUUAAAGUUUAUAAAUCAUUUCAUUACUUUAGAAUGUGCAAGUAAAGCUCAAAAAGCUUGUGGAUCAUUAUAUUAAAAAUAAUCUCUUAAAAGUAGAAACUUGUCUGAAUAGAAAAAAGAAUCCCUACAAAAUUGUAGAGGUUAAAUACUGAUCAAGUAACUAAGGCUGGCCGUGGUGGCUCAAACCUGUAAUUGCAGCACUUUGGGAGGCUGAGGUGGGUGGAUUGCUUGUGCUCAAGAGUAUGAGACCAGCCUGGGCAACACAGUGAGACCUCGUCUCUACAAAAAGUUAAAAAAUUAAUGAGGUAUGACAUGUGCCGGCUACUCUGGGGCCUGAGGUAGGAGAAUCACUUGAGCCCAGGAGGUCCAGGCUCCAGUGAGCUUUGAUCACAUCACUGGCUUGGUGAGAGUGCGAGACCCUGUUUCAAAAAAAAAAAAAAACAAAAAACAAAUAGUUGAAAGUGCCCUCUGAGGGUACCUUGUAAGGGCUUUCAUAGCCAGUCUGAGUCUUAAAAAUAUUAGCACUGAUGGCAAGCUAAGUUGGUGUGAUCCUUUUAAAAAACAUUAUUAUAAUUGAGACAGGGUCUGACUCUAUCACGUCUAAGCUUUCUCUGUUUUUUAGUCUUUAGGUUGAGGUUGAAAUGCAGUGAUGCAGUUUUAGCUCACUGCAGCCUCAACCUCCCAGGCUUAUUUAAUCUUUAAAAUGGAAGCCUACCUGGAGAGACUGAGUGGCUGAGACUGCAGGUGUGUGUCACCACAGCCGGCUUCAUUUUGUAUUUUUUGUAGAGAUGGGGUUUUUGCCUAGGGCUGAUCUAGAACUCCUAGGCUCAAGUGAUCCACCCGCCUUGGCCUCCUGAGGUGCUGGGAUUACAGGCAUGAGUCAGUGUACCUGGCCUAGUUUGUGUGAUCUAGCCGAAGAGUUGUUUGGCAAUUUGUAUCAAGGACUUUAAGUUUGAAUCUUUUGGUGUGGAAAUUCUACUUAUGGGGAAUCAUAAUGAAGAAAUAAUCAGAGUCAAAGAUGUCUGGACACAUGUCUUUUAAAGUAGUGAAGAAUAAGUUAAUUAUGAUACAGCUAUAUGAUUGAAUGUUAUAUAACUGUUGAAAUUAUGUUCUUGAAGAAUUUUUAAUACACUGAUGACUCUCAUGAUAUAAUAUUAGGGAAGAAAAUAUACUAGUUACAACACCUUAUUGCCAUUCUAAUUUUAUAUAGACGCCUACACACAUACGUGUAUGCGUUUAUGUAUAAAAAUACUGGAAAGAGUUAAAGCAAAAUGUUCUGGUUGGUGGACUAACAGGUGAUUUUUAUGUUGUAAUAGUUUUUUCUACUUUUGAAAUGUUCUAUAAUGACCAUAUACUACUCUUACAAUUAAGAAAAUGUGAACAAGGAAAUCUAAAGAAAACUGGUACAUGAUCAGUGGCAACACUUGAUGGUCAUGGUGUACAAAGGCCCUUAGGUAUGAAAAGAAGAGAUUGUGGUAUGGCAGUGGUAAGAUAGUGUAUAGUAUUUUUAUAGGAACUUCUAAGCUUUCUCUGUUUUUUAAUCUUUAAAGUUAUAUCAUAGUUAUUGACUCAAAUAGGGAUAUUUAUAAACUGAAUGUAAAUCAGCAGGAUCACAAUUGGUGUAUUCUUUCCACAACUACACAAGAGUUUUGAAGGAUCUUCAAGAUAGAAAUGUUAAUUUAUUGUGACCUGCCCAACAUGUGACAAGUAGUUACUGUGCUAGAGAAUUCUGGAAUUUCUGGUGAUACUCUCACCUAAAGGUAAUCCUGGAUAUGAAGGCUGAUAAAUUAAACUUCUGAAUUUGGCAGGCCUGUAAAAGUUAGUGAAGUACAGUGCAGAAUUGGUAUACAUAUAAAGAAACAGAUCCUAUAGUAAUUAGAUAGAGUUCUCUUAAUGCAUCUGUAAGCAAGUAGACAUGGAUUGUGAAGAAUUUUCAGAAGUCUGUGACAGUUUUAUAUGUUGCUUAAAAGAGUAUUUUGUUUUCUCCUUCGCUCUUUAAACUUAGUAUUUAUUUGCAUUUUAAUGUUGCCAUGAAUUUAAUUUACUUUAAUUCUUUAAGUAUAAAUAAUGUAAGAUAUAUUUAAACAAAUUUGGGGGAGAUCUCGAUGCAGCUUCUAAGCUAUGAUCUAGAGCAGGGCUCAGUAUCUUUUUCUGUAAAGGACCAGAUAGUAAAUAUUUCAGGCUUUGAGAAUUUCAUACAGCAGGCCUGGUUGCAUUUCUUCUUCUUCUUCUUCUUCUUUUUUUUUUUUUUUUAAUCAGAACAUGCAUUUUAUUAUGAAAAUUAAA